AUGGAUGAAGUCUACAAGAUCACCUCUACAGCAAGGACCCAGCUGUUAGAGAGACAGCUGGCUGGGAGGUUGAGUGAACUGAAGUCUCAGAUGGAGGAGCAGGGCAUCCUUCAGGGAGCAGCUCGCCCAGUUUACAGCUCUGUUCAAAUACCAAAGGACAUCUCUUACUACAGAAGAGAGAGGGAACUGGCCUUGAAGAGAGCCUUACAGGUGAGUGAGCCCAAGCCCCUUGUAAUUCAGAGCGAUGUACUGCAGAGGGAGCUAGAGAGCUGCCUACGAAGGGAGUACACGCCGGAAAAUCUACCUUUGCUCCUUUUGCAGUAUUAUACAGAGAGGGCCUCGCAGCUGGCCCAGAGUAAACGUGUGCACGGGCUUAGAUGGAGAAGGCUCUGCGGGCACAGUCAGACCAUGGAACGGUUCCUUCCUCUUUACAAGGAACGCGUGAGCUACAUUCUGCAGGAGCUCAGCGACGCAGUUCAGAGAGCCGAAAGACUGUCUGCUGCUCGAGAAAACUUCCUGAUGGGGAAAAGCAAUCCUCCCAACCUAGUGACACAGGAGGACCUGACCAUUUACACAAAGUGGCUGGUGUGUCACUUGCACUCCCUCAGGACCAUUCACCACUACCUGCAGACCCUCCAGUAUCUACCCUUCUCCAAAGGGCUGAGUUUAGCUGACAACCAAGUCCCUGAGUUUGGUCAGGAAGGUGAAGUCUGCGUCAGUGACAUUAACCCUGAUAUCCAAGAUUCUUCAUCUCCCCAUCCUAUGGAGGCCAGCGUUUGGGGGCCAGUGAGCGCUUCUGUCCUGCCCCAGCACACAACAGAGGCGGGAGAACUGAACCCGCAGCUGAGGCGCCUGCUCUCCUGUUUCCAUGUUCCUUUCGACCUGCAGGAGCUGAGGGACUCAGCGAAGGAGAUGGAACUUUUUUCUUUGGUUUUCCCCAAAUUCCAGAGCAUCUUCAUGGAGCAGCAGAGAAUGCAGACGUUUCCAGACUACGAGGCUGGGAUAACUAAAGCGGAGAAUUUGGGUUUGUCGGGACCUGCGAUGGCUCUGAAAAAGACAGCUGACUGGAUUCCUUUCAUAAAGAUCAAGCCAAAAUGUGAUCCUUGGCAAAAGAAGAUGUUAGCCAAACUGAAAGAACGGAAGAGAAUGGAUACACUAUUGCAGUUUCAAGCAAAGUUUUUGAAGAUUUCUGACCCCAAGCGAGUUGUGCAAGUGCUCCAGAACCAUGCCGCAAGGACAGCCACGCUGGCUUCCCAUCAGUCAUCUGGCAUGACUUUCCACCAGUGCAACUACGAUCAAGUCUGGGAGAAUAUUUACAGCAACCCUAACCUCUACCAGGUACAGACCCCGAGCGACAAUGACCUCGCGCAAAUGAGUAUCCACCAAAGUGCUGAUGGGCCGCGCAAGCAGGAAACAGAGACAGGAUACAAUUAUACGAUAGCCCUCCAGCUGCUGGGCCUGGAUGAUGGGACAGAACCCAGUGGCAGGAAUCCUGUCCUGAUGAAAGGUGCCUACUUGUCCUUUCUGUAUCUGCGCCACCUGCGCAUCCGGGAGUUACAGCGCAUCUGUUUGGGAGUUCUCAACUACUUCAGAUCUGUUGAGCGAACUUUGACAAUCAAUGUUUCAGGCCUUACCUUGGUUUCAGGAAAGCUGGUCCCCGCAAUGGAAGAUGGUUCUUGGGUAAAUACAACAAAAGGAGGCUUGGGUACCUUGCAAGGCCUAGGUGCUCACCAAUAUGUCCAUAGGACACCUGCUGAGCAAAAGGUCCACAGCAUCCAAUUCAUGGAAUCCUCAGAAGUGGAGAGCCAGGAUGACCACUACAGCACAGAAGGUGGCUGUGUCCACACCCAGGACCAGCAUGGGGUAUAUGUCAUAUAUGACGUAGCCUUGCAGGAUCUGAAGGAACUGGAGGCAGAGCUGCUGCUUGUGGCCAGCCACUACAUCGAAAAAGAAAAAGGUCACAAGGAGGACAGCAAGUCACAGCGUAGCCCGCACUGGGGAUGGGCCCAUGCGAGAGUGGACAGAUUUGCUGUCCUGUAUGACAUGUGGACUUGGGAAGCAGCUCUCUUUGAACACAAACAGGAGCUUCUUGAUAGUUAUUUUGAAGCCUACCAGCACACGUUGGACACUGAGGAGAGGUUCACCUUAGCACAGGUGAUGACUGACAUCAUGCACCGGCGCCCCAAGUUUGAUCUCAGCCACCCCUAUUUCGUCAAGGCCUACCAAGAUGAAUGCACCUGCCUGAGGCUUCACCUCCAGCUAGUGCGGGCCAUCCUUAACCACCAGCUGGAGCAACAACGGGAGUAUGUCCAGAGGCUCUGGCGAGAGGAUUGUUCAGACAACCAUAAGACAUUUGGGCUUCCCCUUAAUGUAAUUUGCAAUCAACUAAUUUCCAUCAACAACAGCUGCCCAACUUUGAAAACUGUUCACCCACUGGAGCUCCACCCUUCUCUUAGCCUGGUCAGGCUCGUCCCCCAAGCCCUUGAGCACCUGCUGUGCGAGGUCCGCCGUGCCCACAAGCCCACGUCACCCAGUGGGCUCGCCCUGCUGGAGCUACGCGUCCUGCGGCUGGCGUUGGACCUGUGGCUCACCCCGAACCAGCCUGAGGCCUGGUACAGUGCACAACUCCAGAAAGAUCUAUUUUCAUCUAAAGUGAUGGGCGAUCCGUUUCUUGUGGAGGAGAUAGGCCUACUUGCUCUCAAGUCUGCCACAGAUGAAGGACAGAAGCGGAGCCAAGAUUCCCGGCCGCCGUUCCUGGAGACGUUUUCCAAGCUGCUGGAGCUCCUGACCCUGCGCCACCGCCUGAUAGAAAUGAGCGUGGCCAGCGCGGGCUUGGCCGGACUCUAUAAGGAAUUGGCAAAAGAGAUGGGAUUUGAAGAAUUCCAUUUGUUCCUGAGGCCUGUUCCCUUUGAGCUGGCAUUACCCAAGAACAAGAUAGACCAGCCACCUCCGGUCUUUAUGACAUCUCUGCUGGAGGACAGUGGUCAGGUAGACAGAUAUUCUCCUGCUCACCUUGUCUUAGCCAUCUCUGAGGUGGAUGAGAACCAAGUUGGCAAAUUUAGUUUUUAUACCAAAGAAGCCAUCCUUGAGCUCUUGUUACACUCAGGAGCGGAAAAUAUGCAGGUGACUCUUGCAUGCCAAGCUGUUCAGAAAAAUGCUUUGAUGGUGGCCAUUCAACAGGCAUCCUUCUAUCACACCCCACGAGUGGGCCGCCCUGCUGCUGGCAAGGAAACAAGUUCAGAUCUGAGGAAUCAUGCUGGAAUGAAUCCAACAAGAAGAAGACAUUCCAGAAUGGUGAAUGGCGCAGAGAGCUUGCUGUUAGCCCCAACGCCAAAGGUCCCAGCUGCCCUGACUCACCCUUCAGAAAGAUUUCAGACUGCAAAAAGGACGCCACAGGCCUUUGUGUCUAUUCAACUAGAAAAGGUGGGCUUGCGGGAUGCAAUGCUGAAUGCCUUCCUCCUCAGGAGACAGGCCAUGGCUGAGCAGAUGAAGAGCCCUGAUGGAAUUGGAAAAGUCAAGAGGGACGUUAUAGUCGAAUACUGUCAAAAGUUGAACCGCCACAUGUCUCACUAUGCAUUUCGGGGACAGAUCAUGGCAUAUUAUAAUAGCCUGAGAGCUCUGCUAGAAGAUUUUCCCACCAUCAGGGACACCUUCUUUAUGGUGGGACAACCGGAGGAAAAGAAGGAAUGGGAGGACUCCAAAGAAGUCCCCAAGGCUAAUCCAAGCAGGCGUUUCCAGCCACGGCCUCGGAGUCUGCUGUCAGCUGAUGGAAGAGUCUUCCUCAAUUUAUGGUUCAUCCCCCAUCCUUCUGAGGUGCUGGUUAUGUUCAAAACUCUGCCAGAAAAGGCUGCUUUGAGAUCCUUAAAGCUCACUCUACGUCUGAUAGCCCCCCUCCAUGACAUUGUGUCCUACCUUUUCAGCUUUGCCAAACUUGGCAAUUGUCCAUCAUGCUUUGAAUUUCCUCUAAGUCCUAGCCCUGUGAGGAGUGACUGGGGAGGAAGUGAGGGCAUUGGCUCUGUACUUCAAGAAUUACAGGAAAGGCUUGACAGCCUCCCGAGGCCCCAAGACCCCACCGAGGUGGCCCAGGCCCUCCUCCUUCACAGGGAUGUGAUGUUUCUGCAGUUCGAUGUUGUUAUGAGGCAUCUCCUCGGAACAUUUUUGGCAGCUGGAAAUGUUCCUGCCUACCAGUCUCUCAUGCAUGGCACGUACCAUGGGUUGCCACCACUAAGCAACUCUCUCCAGAAGAGCCUUUUUGCUUCACAGUUAAGCCUGCCCCAGCCCCUGGACCCCAGGAGCCUUCAGGCAUUGGUGCUGUUCCCUUGGAGAACAUUUCUGGAAGAUGGUGGUCCAUUUCCAGUUACGAGCAGCGUCCCAGACACCCUGGCGUAUGACAUGCAGCUAUGCCUCUGUGGGCUGAGUGACCGGGACUGCGCGGUGGCCCAUGGAGAGUUGGUGGCCUUGCAGCUGCUCAUGGAAGGUGUACUUCUGAGCAGCUGUGAUGUGAUCGUGGAGGGUCCUGGACAGCAAGCCACGCUGGACAACAGUACACAGCCAAAUUGGUCCAAACUGCCAGGAUUCCGAAGUAAGCUUGAGAGCCACCUGAAGGCCUCCAGGCUGCUGGAGGGCCAGUGCGAUGCAGCGGUGUCCUUUGCUCUGUUAAGAUCUUUCCUGGUACUGUGGAAGCAGCUGGAAGUGCUUAAGCAGUACUGGGGCCAACUCAAGCUGGGUGGCCAGGACAUCAGUUCUGGCCCCCUCCACAGACAGUUCUCGGAGCUCUAUGAAGCUGAAAUCUUCUACCCCAGCAUGAAAUCUCUAGCUAGACAGAUGGGGAAAGAAGAUGAGUUUGAAGGACUUAUCAUAAGUAGUCAGUCUACCCUUCCCCCAAAAGGAGCUUCAGAAAUUGAGAUAAAAACUCAGCAGCUUCAGAAGCUUCUGGAAAAUUUAGAAAUUCAUAUGAUAAAAGAAGUGUUAAGAAAUGUUAAUAGAGAGAUGGCACUGGUUUUAUCAGAAAAAUCCAAGGAGGAGUGCACCCUCCCCACAGAUCUCUGGAAACACCGAGGAAUGAAGGAAAAUUUCUCAGUUGUAAGACCACAGAUCGUUGAAAAGUUUAUACAGAGAUUAAUGGAGAGCUGCCAGGAUGGUGGCCCAGAGGUUACUUUCAGGAAGGACCACCUUGAAGCCUGCCUCCACUCCUUGGGGUGUGAUGUGAUGGCAAGAGAACGCAGUAACUUUGAGACCUAUUCCAUGUGUUAUGAGCAUGUGUUGCAACAUGCCAGGCAGAAGCUCCACCAGAAGGAGCAGGAAGCAGAGAUGCUACGGAAACGUCAAGUUCCUCCUGAAGACCACGCUGGUCAGGUGGCAGAGCUCAGUCAUGACAUGCUCAUGGAGAUCACAGCUCUGAGAGCCCGGCUCACAGAUUUGGAGGAGGAGAAUCUGAGUCUCAAAAAGCAGAUUAGGAAAGAAGUCCAAGAAGAAUAUGAAGCAUUAGUCCAAGCUCUGUUCAUGACCUGUUUACACAUCAAAGAGCAGCUGGAUGAGCAUCAGCUUCAUUUGAUCCAGAAAGUGUGUGAGCUCAUCGGCGAAGUCAGAGCAGAAGGGAUCGCCAGUAUUAAGAAGCUGAAGAAAACCCGCGGCUCUGCCAGGCCAGCUGAAGGAGGAAACAAGACCCCAGCUCAAGAGCAGCUGUGGGCCUUGGAGCAGGACAACAGCAGCAGACUGGCCUCCCUGGUGUGCAAAGUGAGGAGCCUGGGCCGCUGGCAGCUGGCCAUGCAGCAGGCUCGCUUCCAGGGCCAGCUGAGCAGGGCAGAGAAGGAAUCUAUUCAAAGUCAAAAGGAGUGUUUGGGCAUCAAGCUAAUGGCAGAGCAAGAAGUCAGCUUGCUUCGUCAACAGCUGCUGGCCGUGAGGCAGGUCCUGGCCAGGGCCCAGGCUGACAACACGAGGCUGAGGAAGCAGCAGGAGACCCAGGCUCAACUGCUAAGGGAACUGGAACACAGAGUGACCCAGGAGUCUGUCACCCGGCAGCAGCUGGAUGUCAUAAAAACAUCCAGGAUGGAGAAGCUCUUGGAAGAUGUGGAACAGAAAGGGCAGCAACUGCAGCUUCUGACAGAAGAGGCUGAGCGGGCUUCGAAACUGGGCCAGCUGCAGCGGAAGAAGCUGGGCCGAGAACUCCGGCAGAUGAGAAGUCGGCUUGCCCAGGAGCGCAGUGUGAAACUGGAUGCGUUCCAGCGUGUAGAAGAGCUGCAGAGUCAGCUUAAUUACACAGAGCCUCCAUCUGUCCAAAUGAGCUCCCCGGGAGGACUUCUGUUCCAGGCAUACUGCUCCUUGGGUUCUGCAUCCACAUCAUCCAGAUACUCCCAUCACCAGUUUCUAAAAACAAACCUUAUGGGAAACAAAAUGACAAGAAGGAUUCAAAGGCCAAGGACGGGGCCUCCUGAGCACAAAGAAAGGACCAGUGAUGCUUUCCUACCCAGUGUGGCAGAAAAUACUCACCUUAUGGUUACUCAGAUCCAGACAGCUCCAUCCACAAUUUCAUUCAAACCGGAUUGCUGA